AUGGUUAUGAACUAUGCAUAUUUUCUACUCUUUUGUGGUAUCGUCUUUAUUACUGUAACAGGUGAUUCAACCCAUCUACAAGAAAUACGUUUUAAAUUUUGGCUACAGCCCAACUCUCAAGAAUGUUAUCAUCAAUUAUUAGACAACGGUACAAGUAUAUAUUUUAUGUAUGAAAUUUUAAAUGCUCAAACACAUGAUAGCAGUAUUGUCGCUUUUUUUCGCAAUGCUUAUAAUGAAAGUAUUUUAGCUAUUUCAACAACUCCUCAACGAGGUGUUCUUGAACUUAUAGCAAAUGAAACAAUUUUACUCGACAUUUGCAUGACGCAUGCAAAGUCAGAUACUUCUAUGAAAUAUAUUUCUGUUUUCUUGCAUGUUUAUCAUGUUGAGAAAAUUUUAGCUACUAUAAAAGAAAUUGAACAUUUCGAUAAUUCGUCCAUUAAUGCUCAUAAUGCACUUGAUUCUAUUAGUCAUCAUAUUAUUGGUACGCGUGAAAGACAAAUUGAAUUAGAAAUGCUUGAUCAAAAAGAUCUUUAUUUAAUUGAACAAAAUUUAUUAUGGGUUAAUCAAUGGGCAAUUAUACACAUUAUUUUAAUAAUUAGUUGUGGUCUUUUUCAAACUUUUUUUAUUAGACGUUUAUUUCAAACACCAACAACAAUUAAACGAAUGAAAAAAUAA